AAUGUUAACCCAAUCAAUCCAAACAUUUCAACAACAAAAUUCAUUUUUUGAAGAAUCCAAUACCUCAAUAAAUUCAUUAAUUCGUUCCCCUUCUUCACCUCUUCCUUUUCACAAUGAAAAUAUCAGAAUUCCAACACCUCUAGUUGUUUUACCCUUUCCUCCUUUCAGACCCGCUUUAGGGGCUUUCUUUGCUAAUGUUAGGUUUUUAAAGUACAAAUUACAACCAAACAGACUUCAUCAUUGCACAAUUAUUCAUUAUUCUCCUUUUAAGGCUGUCUGGGAUUGGAUGUAUAUUUUAUUAAUUUUUAAAAUAAAAAUCUCUCAAAAAUUUAUUUCAAUUUGAAGUAGAGGCCGGAUAAGAGCUGAUCUAAGAAAACAUUUUCCCAUUUCGUCUCGUUUCCAUCCGAAAUAAAACAUUUUUUAUUUCGAUUAACCCUGGAUAGGAUUGGAGAUUUAAGCAGGAUGUGGGAUUGAUAUUUAGAAAAAUAU